GCUGCUGGUGGAGGAGGCGGCCCGGGGCGGAGUCUGUUGCGGAGCUCGGGGUCUGUCGUUGGUGCGGCUGCCGUUCUCGCCGCCGCCGUUUUGCCCUUGACAGUUCCGCCCCGUGACCAUGGCCAUGCUGGCGUCCCUUGUGCUCGGCGGCGCCCGCGGGCGUCGCCCCCUGCUCUGCAGGCUGAUGCAGGAAAUGAGAUAUGUGGAGCGAACUUACGUAUCAAAACCUACUUUGAAUGAGGUGGUCAUAGUAAGUGCUACAAGGACGCCCAUCGGAUCCUUCCUAGGCUGUCUGUCCUCACUGCCGGCCACCCAGCUCGGGUCCUUGGCAAUCCAGGGAGCCAUUGAGAAGGCAGGGAUUCCCAAAGAAGAGGUGAAAGAAGCGUACAUGGGCAAUGUUCUGCAAGGAGGGGAAGGACAGGCCCCGACAAGGCAAGCAGUCCUGGGCGCAGGGCUGCCCAUUUCCACUCCAUGUACCACUGUGAACAAGGUUUGUGCCUCAGGAAUGAAAGCCAUCAUGCUGGCCUCUCAGAGCCUGAUGUGCGGGCAUCAGGAUGUGAUGGUGGCAGGUGGGAUGGAAAGCAUGUCCAACGUGCCCUAUGUAAUGAACAGAGGAGCAACGCCAUAUGGUGGGGUGAAGCUGGAGGAUUUGAUUGUGAAAGAUGGGCUAACCGACGUCUACAAUAAAAUUCACAUGGGUAACUGUGCUGAAAAUACUGCAAAGAAGCUGAAUAUUGGACGAGACGCACAGGAUACUUAUGCUAUUAACUCAUACACCAGGAGCAAAGCAGCCUGGGAUGCUGGGAAAUUUAGAAAUGAAGUUAUUCCUGUCACAGUUACAGUAAAAGGUAAACCAGACGUAGUGGUGAAUGAAGAUGAGGAAUAUAAACGUGUCGACUUCAGCAAAGUUCCGAAGCUGAAGACAGUGUUCCAAAAGGAGAAUGGCACCGUGACUGCUGCCAACGCGAGCACACUGAAUGACGGAGCAGCUGCUGUGCUGCUGAUGACCGCAGAUGCAGCCAAGAGGCUCAAUGUCAAACCACUGGCAAGGAUAGCAGCCUUUGCUGAUGCUGCUGUAGAGCCUAUUGAUUUUCCAGUUGCACCUGCAUAUGCUGUGCCAAAGGUCCUUAAAGUUGCAGGACUGAAAAAAGAAGACAUUGCAAUGUGGGAAGUGAACGAAGCCUUCAGUGUGGUGGUCCUGGCCAACGUGCAGAUGCUGGGGAUUGACCCUCAGAAGGUCAACGUCAACGGGGGAGCCGUUUCUCUGGGGCAUCCCAUUGGGAUGUCUGGAGCCAGGAUUGUUGUACAUUUGGCUCACGCCUUGAAGCAAGGAGAAUACGGUCUGGCCAGCAUUUGCAAUGGAGGAGGAGGUGCUUCCGCCAUGCUCAUUCAGAAACUGUAGACAGCCAGUGUGAUGGACACACUGUGUGACCAGAAGGCCUGUGACAUCUCUGUGCCUUUCCUUGACUCAGCUUGUCCUCGACAAUA